AUGCCUCGCGGCGCAACUCCGUCCUUUCGACACGCUGCAGAAGCCUCACCUCCCAUUUCUCCCACGUUCGCUCCUCAUCAAACGCCCUCAUGGCUCAAAAGAUUUUCUUUCUCUUCGCGUGACUCGACGCAAUCUUCAACUUCCCGCCCUGAUUCUUCCGUCAUUUCUGUCGCUCCUUCAGCCUCGGGAUCCACUACCCCGAUGAUCCCCAGCCACACUCCACCCAUCAACACAGCCCCGAACAAACUCGUCAAACGCUCCACCUCGGUGAGCAAAGUGCCCACUUCCGCCUCGUAUGGCGGCUCAACCACAAAGAUUCCAGUUCCGACUUUAAGACGCCCAGCAACCAGCCACAAGCGAAGUGCCACUCUGCAAGAAAGACGCACCCCCGUUGUUCCCAAAGCAGAAGAAGCUUUCAGGCACUCUUUCUACGAUUCUCCAGCAGAGUCCAUGCCCGAAGACGUUCAAUGGCGUAACUAUUUUGCUCCCAGACAAGCUGUAGUACCCCAGGAAUCGACACGGCGUCGCAACUCGACCAGCAUCCCUAACCCCAUCAAAAAGGUGUAUGCGGAUAGGAAAUAUCGGCCUGUCUUGGUGUCUGCUAGAGAGAAUAUCAAAGCUGCUCCCAUUGAGUUUGAUAAUGAUGCCGAUGAUUUCGAAGCUGUAUCCGAUUCGAAUGUGGUGUCUAAUGUCCCGGUAGCCGACCGUUUUUAUUCCUCAUCUCAGCAGACGCCCCUUGCAUCGAACCGACUUUCACGAGCAACUGUUGAUUUCCCAAGUACCUCAUUUGAUUCGAGAAUAGAUGAGCGAAAGAGUAUUGAGGACGAAUUGGACAGACAAGACAUUGCCGAAUUGUCUAGGAUCGAGUCAGCGUCGAGCUCUUUCUCUGUGAGUGACAUUCUCCCCGCAGAGCCACAGAUCUGGAAGCAACCACCGCCCAUCAAAGCAGCGCCCGUCGCUAAAUAUCGUCGACCGGGUGCGCGAGCUCGAUCCAACACGCCCACAAGUAUGGGCAACAGACAAAGCCUGUCUCAAGAUGAACCAUCCGACGCCGUCGCGAGACAACGUGACUUGGAUGAUCUUACGCAAACUACAAAGCCGCCAUCCGUUAGCAGCCCCAUUACCGAAAUAGACCUUAGACUACCAUCGCACCAGAAGCAAUCCGUCUUGGGUGCAUCACUCAAUCAUGCCGAUCCAUCAAAUCCGCAAAGCGACGACAGUGAAUAUUUCGACACAUUACCUUCACCUUCACGGCCUAUUCAUCAACCGGCACACCAUGCCGAUUCUGCAUCACAUCUGGCUGGUUCAGAUAGCGACAUGAGGUUAGGCGAUGACGAGGCGCUUGAUUCUCAAGGCGACACUAUUUAUGACUCUGUCCGAACGCGGGCGCCAAAGUCGAGCCCAGGCAGGCGAGGUCCUUCUAUAGAAACCAUUUUUGGCGAUUCACCACCAUUUCAUAUUCAUGGCAAGCAUACCAUGCUCAGAGACUACCUUCAAACAGGGCCUUUACACGAUCAAGGAUAUUCACUCAAGCCACGACACAGCAUUAUACACGAAGAAGACGCCAUUUCCACUCCAGCUCGCUCAGCACGAAAUCAGUCCUUGGGCAGUUCGCCAAUGCUUCACAUGAAACAAGCUUCUGUGCGAACUCACAUUCCAUCAUCGCCGCCUACCAUGCCUUCUCUUUCCGAUCUUCGCCAGCAUGCCGAACACUUUCCUGAUUUUGCUGACGACGAUGAAGAAAGCUCUUGGUCCUUUGCUGAAGACGAUGACGAUGAGCCUCAGAUUCCGCAAAAAAAUCGCUUCGCCCACCUUGGUAUUACUCCGGAUCUCUUGUCACCGCACGGGCAUGCUUCAAGUUCUGCAAACACGACCCCGCAACGACCAACUGUUAGGAGCACUGAUAGAGACACGCGCAGCAGUAUCUUCGAUUGGUCCGAACAACAGCCUCUGGAGAAAAGCCCAAACAAUCGUUCUCCUCCUCGCCCCAAGACUGUGCAUGGUAAAAAGGAUGCCGAAACUCGUGGCAGCAGGUCAGUCGGAAGAAGAGCGCCAAGUGGACUCCAUGUCCGCAGUCAAAGUGUACCGGUCGCCCAAGACGGUGAUGGAAAACGAACAGGCACCAACAAGUUCGGCACUUGGGGUAUUGGGAGUAAAGGCGUUACAGAGGACUGGAAUGAGGAUUUCGACUUCGAGGAUGAAACCGGCCCAGAAGAGAAAAGACUCGACAGCGGUGUUUCGAUGUUCGUACCUAAAUCCAUCCGUGAUCAACAGACAAAUGUGCUCGCCAACAUCGGUCUUCUUCGAGAUUGGGGCCUGUUGAUCGAGGAACUGAAGGAACUCAAGAUGCGAGCUGUCAUGCUGGAAGUGCUUGAUGGAGACAAUGAAAAGAUGUGGAACGAGGUCGACGCCAUGAUUGAUCUUGCGGACCAGGAAUCUGACGAACAGACACUCGCUCCUCGCUUCUCGCCGUCCUCAUCGCCGUCUUUCAAUUACGAUGCUUUCGACGACCCACUGCCACCGACGGAACAUCUCAUGCCACCCCCUCUAUUCGGCCUCCCCGAAUCUCCAGCUGACGGUGAAUUUGACUUCUACAGCGAGGAAGCGACUGUUUCUCCAAGUAGAACUGAUAACGGCAUCUUCGUGAUCCCAGCAACACCUCGAAGACCCCGAAAAAAUUCGGAAGCUGUCGCUCGUUCUGUGAUAGAAGCUCUGCAACAGAAGCGUCUUUCCAAUGCUGGUCUCAACUCCGAAGGACGAGACAAGGUUCAUUUCGACACAGCGACUUUGAAGCGAAUCAUCCCCUACGUCCAAGAGCUGCGUGACAGAGUCAAGAAAGUUAUCAGGGAUGCAGAAGAUCUACUACCCAGCCCGAAAAGUCUCGGAGGCAGUAUAGGGUCGCAUGGAAGUCGAUCAGUACGCCGACGAAUGCGCGAAGCCCCUGAGUCACCAACCAUCCACCGCCGGAGUCGACGCUCGACGAAUGCCCUCGAACGUACAUCUUCAGAUGAUGGGUUAGCAACUCCAACUGAGGAGCUGAAUUCUCGACUACGUCUCAUGGCCAUGACAUAA